UCAGGUUGUUGGACACCCAAGCCUCUUGCACGCACAACCCUCUCUGGCUUUCUGAAUUUGAGGUGAAUUUUACUUUUUCCAAUGGCUGGAAAAUACCACUUGUUUUUGGUUCUGUGGUUCGUUGUGGGCUGUCUUGCAGCUGCAGUUGAUGUAACGGAUGCACCAGGUUCAACGUCAGUAGCUCCAACAGAAGCACCAGUUUCAACGUCAGUAGCUCCAACAGCAGCACCAGUUUCAACGUCAGUAGCUCCAACAGCAGCACCAGGUUCAACGUCAGUAGCUCCAACAGAAGCACCAGUUUCAACGUCAGUAGCUCCAACAGCAGCACCAGGUUCAACGUCAGUAGCUCCAACAGCAGCACCAGGUUCAACGUCAGUAGCUCCAACAGCAGCACCAGGUUCAACGUCAGUAGCUCCAACAGCAGCACCAGGUUCAACGUCAGUAGCUCCAACAGCAGCACCAGGUUCAACGUCAGUAGCUCCAACAGCAGCAACAGGUUCAACGUCAGUAGCUCCAACAGCAGCAACAGGUUCAACGUCAGUAGCUCCAACAGCAGCACCAGGUUCAACGUCAGUAGCUCCAACAGCAGCAACAGGUUCAACGCCAGUACCUCCAACAGCAGAACCAGAUCCUUGUCAACCGAACCCAUGUGGCCGAGGAAGCACCUGUGCAGUGCGUGCCAAUCAAACCUUUGUCUGCUUGUGCUCGACCGGUGAUAACUACAAUUAUGACAGCCAAGUUUGUGUGAAAGCCAAAGUUUUCCCUGGACAACUUUCCCUGCCGAAAUUAACCUAUAAGGAAAGCUUUGAAAACACUCAAUCACCCGAAUUUAAAGAAGCUGCACAAAGUAUUACUAAUGAGGUGUCAAAGCGAUUCAAUCCAGACAAGGAUGGGUUCUCUGAUGUUCUAGUGCUCUCACUCCAGAGGUCUUCACCGAGCAGAGUUGGAUCAGUGAGAAAUGGCGGGGUCAAUGCAUCAAUAGAGAUCAUCUUCAGCGCGAGUUCUACCAUCACAACAAGUGAAGUUACAAGUGUGGUGAAAGAUGCUGUUCAAUGUGAAGGUUGCCUACUGGCAGGUGGAGCUUUCAAAGAGACCGAUUUAUGCGCUGCGGAACCCUGUGAUGAGUUGACUACCACUUGCUCUACAGUAGAUGGAAGAUUUUAUUGUAACUGUACGGAAACCUACGUCAAGACGAACUUCAGUGACACAAUGUGCAUUGCUUGUCCCGAUGGGCAGUAUGCAGUGGGUUCUAGCUCUUGUGAAGCCUGCAAUUUUGGUUAUUCUGGUUUGAACUGCAAAGAACACUGGAAGCUGGCACUGGUUAUCGUUGGCUCGGUGCUCGGGGGCCUGCUGCUCAUCACACUCAUCCUUCUGCCCAUCCUGGCACUGAGAUCCUCCAAGAAGAAGAGCAAACAUGAAGACAUCGGGAAACCUUAUGUCAGUCACUUUCCUGCCAAGUCACCAAUGGCUAAUGGUAACGGCAGCUACGCUAACAGCCAGAUGCCCUCACAUCAUGGGUCAGGCUAUGAAGGUGCUGGGGUGCCCAAGAUCCCACGAGCAACAACCAACAGCAACUGGGACCGCAGGACCAACCUGGAGAUGACACCUAGCAACAGCCGGCAAAACCUGGUCCCUAUGGGCAGUAACUCGCGGCUGUACGACGACGAAGAUGACAUGAACUCAUACACAAGACCCCAGAGCAACCUCUAUGCACCUGCACCUGCACGUCCACAGAGCAACCUCUAUGCACCUACACCUGCACGUCCACAGAGCAACCUCUAUGCACCUACACCUGCACGUCCACAGAGCAACCCAUACGCCCAGAGUCGACCUCAGAGCAACCCGUACGCUUCGAACCAGGGCCAGAACAAUCCUUACUACCAGCAAAGGUAGAAAGGAUGACGAACCCAAAAGGUUCAUGACAUUUACCCAGAUCGAGACCUUCUUCUGACCAAUCAUAAGCUGUCAUGAAUCAUUCCUCUCUGUCCUCGAACUAAUCUUCUAUGAAAAUUUGGGGUGUGAGAAACAUCAACGAUCUUUUUAAAUGUUUCUCAAUAUUAUUUACUAUGAGCCGAUUAAACUAUUUCCUUUUCAACAUCAUCUAACUGAAAUGACAUUGGACCAGAAGUGGAUACUUUUAAAUUAGGAGCUGUUUAUGAGCAGCUAAUCUCUCCUGUUGCCAAUGAGUUUACAAAUAAUUGUUUUGUAUUUUUGUGGGUUUGUACUGAGUAUAGUUUCUUUGCAAAUGUUAUUUUUUGAGACAAGUUUUCUUUCGUUCCAAUAAAACCUUUGAGUUCUAACCCUAACCCUUCACAUAUUUCAACAUAAUUUGUGUAAGAUGUUUACGACAUUGAAAUAGAUUUAUGUUCUAUUUUGUAACAUAUAUUCAUGACUGAGUGAUCUCAAUUAUAUGAAUUAAAAAGCGAUAUUUAGAAGUAAUAUUUAUUUUUCCUUUGUAAAUCAUUAUAUCCUUAUGAUAUUUCAUUUCAUUUAACCAUAAAAUGAUUUUUAAAAGUAUCUAAACCACAAAAUGUGUACAUAGAUUUAACAUUACUUUGAAAUAAAGGGAUUCCCACUUC